UUUUUUUUUUUUUGAGGACCCCAUCCGAUGACGGGAGGAUAAUGUCCUCUCCUCUCCGCUCCUGCGAGGAAGGCGAGGGCAUGGUGGUUAAUUCCGAGGGAGGAGAUUUUGAUGAAGAAGAAGACGACGACGGAGACCUGCUGGACGGGAACGCAAGCGACAUAAACUCGCCGGCGGCGCUUCGGGAAACUGCAACACCGGCCGCUCCAGACGACGAGAUAUCAGACAGAGAGGUCCCGAUCAGGAAGAAAGGCCGGCCCAAGAAAAAAAAGGACGCGAAGAAGAAGGACAAAGAGGGGAAACCGGUCAAAGCGAAAAAACGAAAAAAGAUAGACAGCGAUGUAGAGCGAAACUCCGACAGAGAGCGAGACUAUGGCGAGAACUCGGACAGCGCGGCCAGCAACUACGGCUCCGGGGAGAAAAAGAAGAAGAAGAAGCACAAAGAAAGGAAGGAGAAGAAAACCAAGAAGAAGAAAAAAGGCGAUGGGGACCGAGACAGCAGCCAGGAGGAAACCACCAAGCAGCCUGUAGAGCAGAAGACUUCUGCCCAGCUGGCAAAGGAGUGGGGUCUGGAGGAUGUUGAUCAUACCUUCACAGAGGAGGACUACAGGGAGCUCACCAACUAUAAAGCCUUCAGUCAGUUUAUGAGGCCGAUGAUAGCCAAGAAGAACCCGAAGAUCCCCAUGUCAAAGAUGAUGACCAUCCUGGGGGCCAAGUGGAGGGAGUUCAGCUCCAACAACCCCUUCAAAGGCAACGCCGCCGCCGUAGCAGCGGCUGCAGCGGCCGCCGCCAUCGCUGUCGCCGAGCAGGUCUCUGCAGCGACCGCCUCGCCCGAGCCGCCACCUCAACCGCCACCGAUCAGAAAGGCCAAGACGAAAGAGGGCAAAGGUCCAGGAUACAAGAAGCGCAGUAAAAGUCCUCGAGUGCCAGACAAGAAAAAAGCCGCGGCCAAGGCUAAAAAGAUGGCACCCAUUCGUAUUAAACUUUUACCUAUCAGUGCCAAGAGGAAGAAGAGCUGCUCUAGCGACGACCUGGACGAGGACGAGUCGGAGCAGGAGGACUCCAGUGUCCACAGCUCCUCCGUUCGCUCGGACAGCUCCGGCCGAGUGAAGAAGAACAAGAGAGGACGGCCCGCCAAGAAGAAGAAGAAAAAUACACCUCCAGGUGAGGAGGAAGGCGACGGCUACGAGACGGAUCACCAGGACUACUGCGAGGUGUGUCAGCAGGGCGGUGAGAUCAUCCUGUGUGACACCUGUCCCCGAGCGUAUCACCUUGUUUGCCUUGAGCCCGAGCUGGACAAGGCCCCCGAGGGAAAGUGGAGCUGCCCCCACUGUGAAAAAGAGGGAAUCCAGUGGGAGGCGAAAGAUGAAGACUUUGAGGACUUUGAGGAGGACAGCGAAGACCGAGUCAUCUCAGAGGUGGGCGUGGGCGUCCACGCGGGCGCGGAGGAGGAAGACGACGACCACAUGGAGUUCUGCCGGGUGUGUAAAGACGGCGGAGAGCUGCUGUGCUGCGACACGUGCACGUCCUCCUACCACAUCCACUGCCUGAACCCGCCGCUGCCCGAGAUCCCCAACGGAGAGUGGCUGUGCCCGCGCUGCACGUGCCCGCCAAUCAAGGGACGGGUGCAGAAGAUCCUGCACUGGCGAUGGGGUGAGCCGCCGUCUCCCAUCCCCGUGCCACCCCCUCCCGACGCGCCCCCCGACGCCCCGCCUCUACCUCCCAUGAAGGGCCGAGCCGAGAGGGAGUUUUUUGUGAAGCUGACCAGCCAGUCGUACUGGCACUGCACCUGGAUCACUGAGCUGCAGUUGGAGAUCUUCCACUCGGUGAUGUACAGAAACUACCAGAGGAAGACUGACAUGGACGAGCCCCCCAGUUUGGAUUACGGCUCGGGCGCAGAAGAUGAGAACGGGGUGGGAAAGAGCGAGAAGAGGCGGGCCAAAGACCCAGAGUACGCCAUGCUGGAGGACAAAUACUACCGAUACGGCAUCAAGCCCGAAUGGAUGAUGAUCCAGCGCAUCAUAAACCACAGCGUGGACAAGAAGGGACUGUACCACUACCUGGUCAAGUGGAAAGACCUGACCUACGACCAGUGUACCUGGGAGAGGGACAACAUGGACAUUCCCGACUUCGAGCUCCACAAAGCCAACUACUGGAGACACAGGGAUGCCAUCCUGAAGGAGGACAUGGACAAACCCAGGAAGAUGAUGAGUAAAGACGGCGAGGGAGAAGACGAGGAGUGUCCUGCUUCGCCGCUUACAGAUCCUACAAUAAAAUACGAGGAACAACCCGACUUUGUCACAGCGACUGGCGGCACGCUGCAUCUGUACCAGCUGGAGGGCUUGAACUGGCUCCGGUUCUCCUGGGCUCAGGGCACUGACACCAUCCUGGCAGACGAAAUGGGCCUGGGCAAAACCAUCCAGACCAUCGUCUUCCUCUAUUCCCUUUUUAAAGAGGGUCACACCAAGGGUCCGUUCCUGGUCAGCGCGCCCCUCUCCACCAUCAUAAACUGGGAGAGGGAGUUUGAGAUGUGGGCGCCUGACUUCUACGUGGUGACGUACACGGGGGACAAAGACAGCCGAGCCAUCAUCCGAGAGAACGAGUUCACGUUCGAUGACUCGGUCAAAACAGGAAAGAAGGCCUUCAAGCUGAGACGAGAGGCUCCGAUUAAAUUCCACGUGCUGCUGACCUCCUACGAGUUGGUGACCAUUGAUCAAACGGCGCUCAAGUCCAUUGACUGGGCCUGUUUGGUGGUGGACGAGGCUCACCGACUGAAGAACAAUCAGUCAAAGUUUUUCCGGCGUUUGAACGACUACAAGAUCGACUACAAGCUGCUGCUGACAGGAACUCCUCUGCAGAACAACCUGGAGGAGCUCUUUCAUUUGCUCAACUUUCUCACACCCAAUCGUUUUAAUAACCUUGAGGGCUUCCUGGAAGAGUUUGCUGACAUCUCCAAGGAGGACCAAAUCAAGAAGCUCCACGACCUGCUGGGCCCUCACAUGCUGCGGCGGCUCAAAGCAGACGUGUUUAAGAACAUGCCCGCCAAGACCGAGCUGAUUGUCCGCGUGGAGCUGAGCCCCAUGCAGAAGAAGUACUACAAGCUGAUUCUGACCAAGAACUUCGAAGCUCUCAACUCAAAAGGUGGAGGAAACCAGGUCUCUCUGCUUAACAUCAUGAUGGACCUGAAGAAGUGCUGCAACCACCCSUACCUCUUUCCUGUCGCCUCCAUGGAAGCCCAGAAAACCCCCAGCGGCGCGUACGAAGGGUCGGCGCUAACAAAAGCCUCUGGGAAAUUGACGCUGCUGCAGAAGAUGCUGAGGAAACUGAAGGAGCAGGGCCACAGAGUGCUGGUCUUCUCACAGAUGACUAAAAUGCUGGAUUUACUGGAGGAUUUUCUGGAUCAUGAAGGUUACAAGUAUGAGAGAAUCGAUGGAGGCAUCACAGGAGCUCUGAGACAAGAAGCCAUCGAUCGAUUCAACGCUCCAGGAGCCGGUCAGUUUUGCUUCCUGCUCUCCACCAGAGCAGGAGGUUUAGGCAUCAACUUGGCCACGGCGGACACCGUCGUCAUCUUCGACUCWGACUGGAACCCUCACAACGACAUACAGGCUUUCAGCAGAGCUCACCGCAUCGGGCAAGCCAACAAGGUGAUGAUCUACCGCUUUGUGACGCGGGCCAGCGUGGAGGAGCGKAUCACCCAAGUGGCCAAGAGGAAGAUGAUGCUKACUCACCUGGUGGUGAGGCCCGGUUUGGGAUCCAAGGCUGGCUCCAUGACCAAACAGGAGCUGGAUGAUAUCCUAAAGUUUGGGACAGAAGAGCUCUUCAAGGAYGAGGGAGAAGGAAUGAAGAACAAUUCAGGAGAUAAAGCAGAGGAUGAGGGCAAUGUCAUUCACUACGACAGCACCGCCAUCGAGAGGCUGUUGGACCGGAGUCAGGACGCCACAGACGACACGGACGUGCAGAACAUGAACGAGUACCUCAGCUCCUUUAAAGUGGCCCAGUACAUGGUCCGAGAGGAGGACAAGAUCGAGGAGAUUGAGCGUGAGAUCAUCAAGCAGGAGGAGAAUGUGGACCCGGAUUACUGGGAGAAACUGCUGCGGCAUCAUUACGAGCAGCAGCAGGAGGACCUAGCCAGCAAACUGGGCAAGGGCAAGAGGAACCGUAAACCUGUCAACUACAACGACGCUGCGCAGGAAGACCAAGAGUGGCAUGCUGACAUUUCAGAUAACCAGUCCGAGUACUCUGUGGGCUCCGAGGAAGAGGAUGAAGACUUUGACGACAGGCCAGAAGGUCGAAGACAGUCACGCCGUCAGUUGAGGAAUGAGAAGGAUAAACCUCUGCCUCCRCUUCUGGCCAGAGUGGGAGGAAACCUGGAAGUUCUGGGCUUCAACACGAGGCAGCGCAAAGCUUUCCUGAACGCAGUGAUGCGCUGGGGCAUGCCGUGUCAGGACGCCUUCUCCUCUCAGUGGCUCGUUCGAGACCUCAGGGGAAAAUCUGAGAAGGAAUUUAAAGCUUACGUGUCGCUCUUCAUGCGUCACCUCUGUGAGCCGGUCGCCGACGGGGCGGAGACGUUCGCUGACGGCGUCCCGAGGGAGGGCUUGUGUCGCCAGCUGGUCCUCACACGGAUUGGCGUCAUGUCGCUUGUCAAGAAGAAGAUCCAGGAGUUUGAGCACAUCAAUGGGCGCUGGAGCAUUCCGGAGCUCAAACCCGAGGUCAGCGUCGACAAAUCCUCCUCCCUGGCCUCCUCCCCCGCUGCGAAGACCGCCACCCCCACCCCGGACGCCAGCUUCAACAACACGCCGUGCACCUCCAAGCCAGCGACUCCUGCUCCAUCGGAGAAACCGGAACGGAACGGGAAGGAGGAGGAGAAGGAGGAAGCCUCCCUGGACAAGGAGAGACUGAAGGAGAAGGAUGCAGGGAAGGAGGUGGAGGGCGACAAGAUGGGAGACGCAGACGAGCUUUCCUCCUCAACAAAAGACGCAUCGCAGAAGCCAUCUCCUGGCCAAAAACCUGAUGGCAAAGAAGAGGGCGACCUGAAAGAGGACGAGAGAAAAGGAACGACAGACGACGCUUCAGCUGCAACGACGGAAGAAAACAAAGUGGCCGAGGAGAAGAAGGAGGAGACGAAACAGGCGCUAAAACAAGACGCAGACGUCAAAGAUGAAAAGUCAGAUAGGGAAAAGGCCGGGCAGGAGAAUGAGAAGGAAAAACAGGAGGAGGCGCGACCGAUGACAGAAGCAGCAGAAACAAAGGAGAAAAGCGAGUCGUCUGAUGUGAAGAAAGAUGAUGUCAAAGGUGAAAAGGAUGCUGGGAAAGAUGUCAAAGCAACCAAGGAGGAGGCGCCGAGGGGCAACGGGAGGCCUCCGACCGAGAGGCUGCGCUUCAUGUUCAACAUUGCAGACGGAGGAUUCACAGAGCUGCACACGCUUUGGCAGAACGAGGAGCGGGCUGCCAUCUCCUCGGGGAAGAUGAACGAGAUCUGGCACCGCCGGCACGACUUCUGGCUGCUGGCGGGAAUCGUGGUACACGGCUACGCUCGUUGGCAGGACAUCCAGAACGAUCUGCAGUUCGCCAUCGUCAACGAGCCGUUCAAGUCUCAAGCCAACAAGGGCAACUUCCUGGAGAUGAAGAAUAAAUUUCUGGCUCGGCGCUUUAAGCUGUUAGAGCAGGCSCUGGUCAUAGAGGAGCAGCUGCGGCGGGCGGCGUACCUGAACAUGACCCAGGACCCGAGCCACCCAGCCAUGGCGCUCAACGCCCGCUUCGCAGAGGUGGAGUGCCUGGCCGAGUCGCACCAGCACCUCAGCAAGGAGUCGCUGGCGGGRAACAAGCCGGCCAACGCCGUCCUGCACAAAGUCUUGAACCAGCUGGAGGAGCUGCUGAGUGACAUGAAGGCCGACGUGACUCGGCUACCGGCCACGCUCUCCAGAGUCCCGCCCAUCGCCGCCCGCCUGCAGAUGUCUGAGAGGAGCAUCCUCAGCCGACUCGCCAGCAAGGGCACGGAGACGCACACACCCCUGCCCAUCCCUUCAGGACCCUACGCCACCCCUCCAAACUACGGCGUCCCCUUCAGCCCCGCCCCCCCGAGCACGUUGCACAUGGGCGGGGCCAACUACAGCCAGAUGCCGCCCGGAUCGUUCAUUUCAGAAGCCGCCGACGCUGGGGCCACCGGGGGGCCGAUCGCCGCCGGGGUUUUCCAGAAGACCAAGGAGCACGAUGUGGUGCAGCGGCAGCGGGUGGUGGACCUCUGGAAGGACGGCAAGUCCGAGGGCGCCAUCGGGCUGGAGCUGAGGAUGCCCAARUCCACGGUGCACAGCAUCAUCGUCAAGUACCGCCUCAGCAACACGGUGGAGAACCUGCCGCGCAACGGGCGACCAAAGAAACCCUGAAAGGCCACGCACGACUCUGGAAUGUAGCAAAAACUGAAAACCUAAUAAAAGACCGAAACCUUAAAUGCAAAAGAAGGAGCUCCGAGGAGGACAAARCACUUAGACACGGCUGGAAUGUGAGGAGCAGAAAAGGAGACGGAAAACUCUCGAGGUUGGGGGGGUGCAAAAAAAGUGCAACAAAUGGGAGCGAUUCACCUCAGAGAGAGGGUCCAAAAUAAAAAAAAAAUGGUGCUGCUGAAAAAGAUAAAAAUCUGCUCAGACUGUAUGUUAAUGCAAUCACAAGUUUUUAAGAAAAAUGCAGCAAAGGAGGAAUUUUCUUUUCAACUUCCUCAAACAGAUUUCUACGACUUCUUCUUUUUUUUUUUUUUUUUUKUYUKAGCCAAAAGAUUUCCCCUCGGAUCAAUUCUUCAUCUGCAGGCUGACUGAACAAGCCUGUCCCCUCGUCCUGACCCCGCACUCCCUCAUUCCUCCACAGUCCUCCUCCAUCGCUCUCUCUCUCACACGCACACACACACACAACCUGCAAAACCUGCAGAGAACUCGGCUAAUGUGCUGAGUGCAGGAAGCCCAGAUCCAAACUCAGAACAGAGAAGAACAAACUGGACCAGAAUUGCCUUUCAGAAGAAAAAAAGAAAGAAAGAAAGAAAAAAAAUGAAGAAAAGGUUUUCUAAAUUUAAAACACUUCUCCCCGUGGACCGUCUCGCUGCAGCAUUCCGACAGUUCAACCCAGCAGAAAUGCAAGAAACAUCCAUAUAAAACCUGAAAUGUUUCUGCAAUAAAAGCAGCUUUGAGCUAAACUGACCGACUGCCAGUGAAGUAAACUGUACUGCAAUUCAAAUAUUACUCACUAUCGCACCUUUUUUUUUUUUAAUCAGGGAGAACAGUCUCCUAAAGGGAAAUAUCACUUGAAAGGAGUAAUUAUGAGCUCCUCUUCAAAGAUGAAGUCUGUAAUCUGUCACUACAAGGGAAAAAUAAAAAAGGAAAAGGGGCUCACUUUGAAGCUACAAGAGACAUUUUUGUUCCUUGAGCUUCUUUAUUGUGACAGCCUGAUGGAUUCCACGCUGUGGAAAAUGUUCCCCGAUCCCAGAGAAAAUAAAACACUCUGGACUGUAUCAUCGUUUUUUUUUUUCCAUCUCGUUGUGUGAGCAGUAAAGCUGUACAUCAACCCUGAUGUCCUGCAGUGAAGAAACAGGACAAAUCCUUGUUUCUGGAAAGAACAAAAUAAACAAAGAGUGAUACGUUUCAAAAUUCAAACUGAGUGAAAUUUCCCUUUAAGACUGACAGUAGUUGUGUGGCCUGCAAUGAGAUCAAUAUUUUUUUGUAUCACUUGUUUUAAAAGUUUGACUAAUGGUGGGCAUGGUUCCGCUAAUCAGCUAAUAGCAAAACUAAGUUUUCAUUUAGCGAAUUAGCUUUUUCAUUAACUUUUAAAAAAGUUAAAGGACCAAUUAGCUUCUGCUAUAUUAAGUCUGCUAACCGCUAACUAACAAGCUAACAUCAACAGGUUUGUCAGUCCCACCAGUCCUUCAAAGACUGACAGUCAUCUUAUCUGUUAGCGAUUAGCUCUUAGUGUUAGCUUCCGCUAUCUCUUUUUACGUUUAGCAUUAGCAAAAUAUUUACUUAGCAGAUUAUGAGUUAGCGAAGCUAGCAUUUUGGUUAGCCAUGCCCACCACUGGGUUUGACCAUCAGGCAUUUUUCUAGUUUACAAAAUAAGCUUUUUUAUUUUUUGCUGAUGUUUUAACUCAUUUAACCAUUAAAAUCCAUGUGAACUGAACAAAAUCAGGUCACAUGGAGAGCCAAACCAGCUGACACGUUCACAGAAAUGCAGCAUCUUUUAGCUAAACGUUUCAGGCUUAUUUUGUUCAGAAACUUUUUGAUGUUGGUUCUCGGUGUUGUAGACCAAAGUUUUAUUGCACAGAAGCAUCAAAACUGAGCUCAGAGGAAAGAAUAUACCUCGGAUAUUCACACACCUGAACUACUGACCUCUGAAUAUGAAGAAAAAUUGCUAACGUCGUUGCAGUUAUUAGCUUUAUAUGAUUAUUUGUCAGUAAUGGAUUUUCUGUUUAACUGUCAAAAGUUGUGUAGCGAUGGCCCUCAGCUAUGACCACAUUAAAUUGUAAUUUUCUCUAACAAUUUUUGAAGUUUCUCUUUGUAUUCGGGUGUAAAAAUAGACCUGAAACACCUAACAUCAGUGUAAACGUCCACGAGAGAUGAUUUAACUCUUUCUGCUCGUUGAGCAACUCCUGCAAGUCUGUUUUGUAACAUUUAUUUUUAGUUUGUUCUGAAAUUUAAGUGCACUUUUUAAGUAUUUUUUUUAGAGGAUAUUAAAGUUCUUCAUGAGAAGCUUUGCCUUGUUUUUUUCCUGCCCAGGUGACACUUUCACUCUCAUCAGAUAGUGGGCAGGAUCUGAAGUGGAGAGAAAACGUUGGCCAGGUGUUUCUUUUUUUAUUUUUUUAUUUUAUUUUAGUUUUUUUACUAAACAUUCCUUCCAGCGCAGUUUUGAGUUUCAAGGCUUGAAAUAACAUGAGUGAAGCUCUGAGGCUGGUAAAUGUUGGGUUUACUGUAGUUUAGUGGUAAAAUCCGUCAGUUUCAACUGGGACAAGAAUUAUUAGAAACUACAACAACAGUAAUGCAGUAUUUACAUUUUGGCUCCCGCCGUUAAACUUUGUGUCCAGAAAAUAUAAAAUAUUUGUUUUCAGACAAAUAUUUUGAGAAAACGUCUGUUCAGAUUGUUGUUUGUUUGUUUUUGUUUUCUUACUUUUUCAUUAGAAAAAGAAGAAAACGCUUUGAAAGUCUCUUUAAUCACCGUUGUCUAAAGGGAACAGUCACAGUUUCAAUUACUUUAAAAUUCAUCUAAAAAGCAAAGUGUCCUAACAGAUUUAUUUCAUAUUUCUGGAAAACUACAUCCAUAAAUGUUGGAGUUUUUCAUAAUAACAGUGAACAUUUUACUCCUUUAACGUGUGGUUCUGUAAAAAUGUUAUAAACAGUUAAUAUCUUACUUGUUGUAGAUAACUCUCAUACAACUAGGUUUAGUUUAUUCUGACCAGAUUGAUGAGCUAAAGGCUAGUCAAGGCUGCAAUCCUAAAAUUUUAUAGUAGUUUUAUAAAUUAAACUACAGUUUUAUGAACUUUACAUACUAAUUAAUUUCCAAUUUUGGAGUUAUGUACUAUGGUUAUUUGCAAGCACAAACAUGAGCAGCAGCAGCUAGCUGUGGCUUUUCUACUGCUGUUUGGACAUAUUCCUGUCACAUUUGCUGUGCAAUUCAAAACUGGUAGCAAAGUAAAAGCUUUUGUCCUAGCUGAGGUAUUUUAAAAAGCUAUCUGCAACAGGUAAGAUAUUAAUUGUUACUAACCCUUCCACAGAAUCUUACAUAAAACUUCUGAGCUCUCUCUACUCAGCACCUUCUGGUAGAUGAAUAGCACUUUCUGAUACGUUGAUUUUUAUUUCACAUAUAUUUGUGUGUCUGAAGUCAUUUUUCAUAAAUCCGUCUUCUGCCUUUUUCGGGUUCUGGACCCCGUGCUCUUUCACCCAGUCUUUACCUUGGUGUUUUUUAAAGCCUCUUAUCAGAUUUUGUACUCUCAGACACACACUCAGUCACACAGAGUUACUGGCUCCCUCUCUCCGUCUCCUCUGUUGGCCUCUGCUGGCAAAACGCCACUUUUUUCCCUCUCUCUCCCACUUUAAGUACCCCCCUCACCUGCCCCCCUCCCUCGGUUCAGACGUUUCUCACACACAGCCUCACCUUCGUCUCAAACAUCUUCUGCUCACCUUAUCACGCCUCUCAUCUGCACCACAACGGCUGCUGCGCUGGUUUAUCUUUCCCCGCGGAGCGAGAGAGGCCUGUUGGGUCUAUUUCUGGCUUUGUUUUGAAAGGAGCGUUACACUUUGCCGUUCCACUUCCAGAAGCACUUUCAUGAUGGAAGCACACAUCUUUCUUCCUUUUUUUUUUUUUUUCUUUUUGGUUUUGUUUUUCCUCACCAGCUGUGCUGUCGUGCAGAAAGAUGUUAGUGUUCGAGUCAGUGUGUGUUUGUGUGUCCUUGUCCUCAUGUGCCUGUGUGGAAGAAAAAAAGUGUUUACUCAUUGCUGGCCUCACUUUUUCUCCUAGUUAACAGUUAUGCAUUUAGAGGUUUUGUCUUUAUUGUAAACAUGAUACUGUAUAUAUAAAACCAUACACUGAUGUAUGGGAUUAUGCCAGAUUUAUCAUUAAAAGACAUAAUGUAAACUCA